AUGGACUGUCUCAAGUUCGCCUCUUCCACUCCUUCUCCCCGCUCUGGGAUGUUUGGGAAACAGUUGAAUUCCUCUCUUCUCACUAUUGAUUCUUCUGCACAGUUCUUCUGUUGUAAGGCUGAUUUUGCUACAUCUAUUCAAUUAUCAAAUACCAGACAUUCUUGCAGAUUUUCGCCAAGUAUUGCGAAGGGAAAAUGGACCUCAAAAUCAAACCGGUCUACCAACCAUUGGAUACUACAUUCUACAGCGCAGAUAGAUAAUACAAUCACAAGCAAUGAAGAUCGAAGUAUGUGGGAAGCAUGUAAACAAGCUCUUUCCGAGUUUAACUUCAGCGACGAAGAAAAGGACAAGAUACUUGGCAAAGCAUUUGGUCUUGUUCAUUCUCCUUAUUGGGGAGAAGAUCGUAAGAAGGAAGUUCCCAAAUCGGAAACAAUUAAUGGAACAUUAGAAUAUCUAAGGAGUUUAAAUCUUUCUGACGACGAUCUUUCCAAGUUGAUCAAAAAAUUUCCCGAAGUUCUUGGAUGUAAUUUAGAGGAAGAUUUGAAAGGUAAUAUCAAGAUCCUGAAAGAGCAGUGGAGUAUUGAAGGAAAAUCUCUUAGGAGCCUUCUCCUUCGAAAUCCGAAAGUUUUGGGUUAUAAUGUUGAUUGCAAAGGCGAUUGUAUGGCACAGUGCACUAGAUGCUGGGUUCGAUUCUAG